AUGAACACGGGAGAAAUACUUCCCAUCAAAUUUCAAGAACAUGUCCAGGCAAGUCCUCCACCCUUGCUACAAGAUCUUGGCGUUAGCGUUAGUAGUAUUGGGUUCAAUACUUUAACUAUGGAAUCUGACCGGUUCAUCUGUAUUCGCGAACAAAAUGGAAAUACAAACCAAGUCGUGAUAAUUGAACUAGCAGACACAGCAAACAUCCUCAAACGACCAAUAGGCGCUGACGCUGCAAUAAUGCAUCCUAAAGAGAAAAAACUCGCUUUAAAAGCAUCGCGCCAAUUACAGGUGUUCAAUUUAGAACAGAAAGUAAAAGUGAAAGCACAUAAUAUGCAUGAAGAUGUCGUGUUUUGGAAAUGGAUCAAUGACACAACUCUAGGAUUAGUCACAAACUCAGCUGUAUAUCAUUGGUCUAUGGAAGAUGAGACUUCACCGCCGGAGAAAAUAUUUGAUCGGCAUGGAAACCUUGUUGGUUGUCAAAUCAUAAAUUAUCGCGUUAGUUCAGAUGGUAGAUGGAUGGUUUUAAUAGGAAUAGCUGCUGUGGAUGGGAGGGUCGUCGGAAGCAUGCAACUUUAUUCAUUAGAGAAAAAAGUGAGUCAGCCAAUUGAAGGACACGCUGCUGCGUUUUCUACAAUAAUGCUGGAUGGUGGUGUCUCCCCAACUCGACUCUUCACAUUUGCAGUAAGAAAUGCAACCGGAGCAAAGCUUCAUAUUGUCGAGGUUGAUCAUAAAGAUGAAAACCCCGUUUUCCCAAAAAAGGCUGUUGAUGUAUUUUUCCCUGCCGAAGCCGCAACCGAUUUUCCCGUAUCGAUGCAGAUUAGCAAGAAAUAUAAUAUUAUAUUUCUUGUUACAAAAUUCGGUUUUAUUCACCUAUAUGAUUUAGAGACGGGGACAUGUAUUUAUAUGAACAGAAUAAGUGGUGAAACGAUAUUUGUCACUGCGGAAUACGAAGAAACUAGUGGCAUCAUUGGAGUUAAUCGAAAAGGACAGGUUUUGUCUGUAUCGGUUGACGAAAACAAUAUAAUCCCAUAUAUCAGCGGAAUAAUCGGAAAUUCUGAUUUAGCUGUUCGUAUAGCUGCACGAAAUGACUUGCCGGGAGCCGAGGAAUUGUAUAUGCAAAAAUUCUUGAACCUAUUCUUAGUGGCAAACUAUAGUGAAGCAGCUAAAGUUGCAGCGCAAUCACCACGAGGAUUUCUUCGUACUAAGGAAACACUCGAACGCUUCAAAGCAGUUCCCGUACCAGCAGGAUCAAUUUCGCCAAUAUUACAAUAUUUCGGCAUAUUACUUGAAAAAGGCGAUCUAAAUAAAGAAGAAUCUAUCGAAUUGGCCAAACCCGUAUUACAGCAAGGCCGUAAACAAUUAUUGGAAAAAUGGUUGAAGGAAGAUAAGCUUGAAACCACUGAAGAACUUGGUGAUGUAUGUCGCCAAUAUGAUGUACCACUUGCAUUAGCUGUAUAUCUUCGGGCGAAUGUUUCCAACAAAGUUAUUGCUUGUUUUGCUGAACUUGGUCAAUAUGACAAGAUAAUAUGGUAUGCAAAGCAGAGUGGAUUCCAACCAGAUUAUGCUACAUUGUUGCAACAAAUAAUGCGAAGGGAUCCCGAAAAAGGCGGUGAAUUUGCCACAUUAUUGGUGAAUGACGAAAAUGGACCAUUAGUUGAUAUUGAACGAGUUGUAGAUGUAUUCAUGUCUCAAAAUUUGAUACAACAAGCGACGUCGUUCUUACUAGACGCGCUGAAAGAUAACAAGCAAGAGCAUGGACAUUUACAAACUCGUCUACUUGAAAUGAAUUUGAUUCAUGCACCACAAGUAGCAGAUGCUAUUCUCGGCAAUGAAAUGUUCACUCAUUAUGAUCGUCCUUCAAUCGCAAAAUUAUGUGAAAAAGCUGGACUAUAUCAAAGGGCUCUGGAACAUUACGAAGACAUAACAGAUAUCAAACGUGUAAUAGUACAUACUCACGUUUUAAACAGCGAGUGGGUCGUCAACUUUUUUGGUACAUUAUCAGUGGAACAAUCAAUCGAUUGUAUGAAGGAAAUGCUUAAAGUUAAUAUAAGGCAGAAUCUACAAGUUGUCGUGCAAGUGGCUACCAAAUACUCUGAACAAUUGCAACCUUUAAAUCUGAUUAAAUUAUUUGAAGAUUUCAAAACAUAUGAAGGUUUAUACUAUUAUCUCGGAUCGAUUGUCAAUCUUAGCACCGAUCCCGAUGUUCACUUCAAAUACAUCCAAGCUGGUGUAAAGUCCGGACAAAUUAAGGAAGUUGAACGAAUUUGCAGGGAAAGCAAUUAUUAUGAUCCUGAAAAAGUGAAGAAUUUUUUAAAGGAAGCAAAACUUGCAGAUCAAUUACCGCUAAUCAUCGUUUGCGACAGAUUCGAUUUUGUACAUGAUCUCGUUCUCUUCCUAUAUCAACAGAACUUGACUAAAUAUAUUGAAGUAUACGUGCAAAAAGUGAACCCUAGUCGUACACCAAUUGUCAUAGGAGGAUUACUCGAUGUCGACUGUGAUGAAAUUGUCAUCAAGAAUCUCCUAAUGUCUGUUAAUGGUCCUUUGCCUGUUGAUCAAUUGGUAGAUGAAGUUGAAAAACGAAAUAGGUUGAAAUUGUUGUUACCUUGGCUUGAACUGCGUAUUAACGAAGGAAGUAAAGAUCCGGCGGUUUACAAUGCCUUGGCAAAAAUAUACAUCGACAGUAACAACAAUCCAGAAGCUUUUCUACGCGAUAACGAAUAUUACAAUUCUCUCAUUGUCGGCAAAUAUUGUGAAAAGCGGGAUCCUUAUCUCGCAUUCAUUGCAUAUCAACGGGGACAUUGUGACAAAGAACUUGUUAAAAUCACAAAUGAGAACACCAUGUUCAAACACCAAGCAAGAUACUUGGUUAAACGCCGGGAUCCUCAAUUAUGGCAAUAUGUACUUAGUUCAGAGAAUAUUCAUCGUAGAGCAUUAAUUGAUCAGGUGAAUAACACUGCUCUACCUGAAUCGAAUGAUCCAGAAGACGUCUCCAUAACUGUAAAAGCUUUCAUGGCCGCCGAUUUGCCUCUUGAGCUAAUUGAAAUGCUCGAGAAAUUGAUAUUAGAAAACACUGCUUUCAGUGAAAAUCGUAACUUGGAGAAUCUUCUUAUCCUUACAGCUAUUAAGGCUCAUAAAUCAAAAGUUAUGGAAUACGUCAAUAAAUUGAAUCAUUACGAUGCCCCGGAUAUUGCUGCCAUUGCUAUCGACGCUCAUCUUUAUGAAGAAGCUUUCACUAUAUUUAAAAAAUAUGAAGUUCAUACUAGUGCUAUUAAUGUCCUUAUUGAACAUAUCGCAAGCAUCGAUCGUGCCGCGGAAUAUGCUGAAAAAGUUAAUCAGCCAGAUGUUUGGAGCAGACUGGCUAAGGCUCAAAUUGAAGGCCUGAGAAUCAAAGAUUCUAUUGAUUCCUAUAUUCGCGCUGAUGAUCCGGCCAACUUCUCGGAAGUGAUCGAUAUUUCUUCGCGAGCCGGCAAAUAUGAAGAUCUUGUCCGUUAUUUACAAAUGUGCCGCAAACAUGUCCGUGAACCAUUAGUAGACAGUGAACUUCUGUUUGCUUUUGCUAAAACUGGAAGGUUCCACGAUUUAGAGGAAUUUCUUAAUGGACCCAAUGUUGCUCAAAUACAAGCAAUUGGCGAUCGAUGUUAUGAUGAUGAAUUAUAUGAGGCUGCUAAAAUAUUAUUCCAGAGUAUAUCUAAUUGGGCUCGCCUAGCUUCAACUCUCGUUCAUUUAGGCGAACAUCAAGCUGCUGUCGAUGGAGCGCGCAAAGCAGGAAGUACAAAGGUUUGGAAAGAAGUGCAUAUCGCUUGUGUUCAACAUCGGGAAUUCCGAUUAGCGCAAAUUUGCGGAUUGAGUCUUGUCGUGCAUGCAGAAGAAUUACAAGAUGCCAUUCAUCUCUACGAAAAAAAUGGAUAUAUUGAUGAGCUCUUGACUUUACUCGAAAGUGGUUUGGGUUUGGAAAGAGCGCACAUGGGCAUGUUCACUGAGCUAGCAAUCUUAUACACCAAAUACCGCCCCGAAAAAACCGACGAGCACUUGCGCCUAUUUUGGAAUCGUUUAAAUAUUCCUAAAGUCAUAAGAGCCUGCGAAGAAGCACAUUUAUGGAAUGAACAAGUGUUUUUAUAUGAGCACUAUGACGAAUUUGAUAAUGCUGCCCUCGCAAUUAUGACACAUGCUGCCGAUGCUUGGGAACAUAAUCGCUUUAAGGAGAUUAUUGUUAAAGUCAGCAACCUGGAAAUAUAUUACAAGGCGCUCAAAUUUUAUUUAGAUGAACAUCCUAUAUUGCUUAAUGACCUACUUGCAGCUCUUACUCCUCGAAUUGACCAUACAAGGGUUGUUCAAAUGUUUGCCAAAUCUGACAAUAUACCGUUGAUCAAGUCAUAUUUAAUUUCAGUACAGAAGGAAAAUAAUGAAGCAGUCAAUAAUGCAUAUAAUGAUGUCUUAAUCGAGGAAGAAGAUUACAAAUCUCUACGUGAUUCCAUUGACAACUUUUCUAAUUUCGACAAUAUUAAAUUGGCAAAGAGACUUGAAGGCCAUGAAUUAUUAGAAUUUCGACGAAUUGCCGCGCUUAUAUAUCGAAGGAAUAAGCGGUGGGAAGAGUCUAUUGCUCUAUCAAAGGAAGACAAAUUAUACAAGGACGCAAUUGACACUGCAAACGAAUCACGCUCCACCGAAGUUGCUGAGGAACUUUUAGAAUACUUUGUAAAAACAGGAAAUAAAGAAUGCUUCACGGCCUGUCUUUAUUCCUGUUAUGACUUACUUCGACCGGAUGUGGUGUUAGAAUUAUCCUGGCGAAAUGGACUGACCGACUUUGUCAUGCCUUUCAUGAUUCAAGUUUUCAGAGAAUUAACCGUAAAAGUUAGCAACUUAGAUCGAAAUGUUGAAGAAAUAAAGGCUAAAGAACGACAGCGAGAACAAACGGAAAACGAAACGCCAAUAAUUGGAGUCGGUCUCGGAAAUCAAUUAUUAUUAACACAGGGUCCUGGACAAGGAAUUCCACAAGGAUAUGGAACUCCUUAUAAUGGAUCGAAUGGUUACCCAAAAUAUUGA